AGAGGGUCAACAUACAUUUCCCGCUUCUUUUCCCGCGGAUAUAUAUUUUGAAAAGCUGAAGAGAAGCGCGAGUUGUCCUUCCAGAGCGCCCUACACCUUUCAAGCGAUGCUUUCCCCCCUUCCGUAGAAUGGACCAGCCUGGAAAGUACCAAAACUUUUCGCUAGGGGAGGGGUGUGUACGUGAUUCGUGGCUGUUUUCUCCCACACAGCGGUGGGCUUGGUUCUCACAUCCGAGACGCAACAGACAUGCCCCUGUCAGGAAAUUUAAGACCUUUCAUAUUAUUUGAGGGCUUCGUAAAUAAAAAGAAGGGCUUCCUUCUCAUCCCCCCUGUUCAGGUGUUGAAGAUGGUUCCGUCUGUGGUAUCUGGUUGCCUAGCAACGGGCUGAGACUUCAGGAGUAUCCUACAGGAGAAGAAGGGGGGAUCAGAAAUGUCCAGAAUGUCUCAUCGCUGUUCUAGUACAUUACCCUUGUUGGCUGACAUCCACGAGCAGAAUGUGGCCUUUGUGCUUUGCACCUCAGAAACUGAGACUGCCGGCCUAUGUAUCUUGAAAGAACUCCUCAUAAAGACUCUUUUUUCACUGGCCCAGAAACCAACCGAUUCCAUGUUUGGCAUUGUCAGCUGUGCCAACCAGCAGGUGUUAAAAUGGCAGAAAAGUUUGGUAGAAUGUUCCCUCCGCAGUGUCACUGAAGCAGCUGCCUGGAUCAGAGCCCUUCAGAGCAGCAGUGAGGCCAGUCCUGUGAUGGCUGUGGCAGCAGCGCUGGAAGACCCCUUUUGCCAAGCAGUGUACCUGUUCACCAGUGGGCUACCUGAGCAUGCUGUGGAGGAAAUCAGUAGUCACCUUAAGGAGGCAGAGCAAGCGCACCCAGUGCACAUAGUAUACUUGGUAGGAAGCAGAGGGGGAAAUGAACACGGGGCACAAGAAAUAAUGGAGGAAGUGGCCAAGGCGUCUGGUGGUUCCUUUCAAGCAAUCAGUGUCAGCUCUGAUGAGGAUAUUCCUGGCUGCAGUGAAAGCAUUUGCCACUCUGAUUGUAUGUGCAAGCAGCCCUGUUCCUCUCUGUUGAUAGGCCAUCAUGCUACAGCACGAUUUCCUUCGGGUGCUUGGAGCCCAGUAAAGGAGGAUUUCGUUGACUGGUCUCCAGAGGUUUACAAUUUGCAGAGGGGGGUUCAAGUCCUCGCCAGAAGAGAGACAGAUGGGUUUUACUAUCUGGGUCACAUUGUCCAAGAGGUUAAGGGCUCCAGAGAACACGUUCUGAUUGAGUUCCAAAGAUCUCGACAGUCCCGGAAAGGCAAGAUCCUGUGUCAGAUGCAAGAAACGCCCCUUUACGAUGUCAUCCAUUAUGAGGAUGCCAGGUGGCAGCCCUUAGCUCCAGGAGAUGCAGUCCUGGCUCCGUGGGACAAGAAAGGUGAAAGAUACGGUCCAGGCGUGAUCCUUCAGGUUGCAGAGGCUGGGCCUCAUUCAGGUGCUGCUUGUUUUGUGCCCUUUCCUUUUCCUUUCCUUUUAAUUUAA